AUGCCGGCAUACUUCUUCCACGUUACCUUGGAGCUUUACCCCUCGCGCUCGUCGCCCGACAAGACCUUCACCCCGCCGCCGCAUACUAACAUCUUCGCCUCUGAGCUCCCGGUCCAUCGCAGAGCUUCGUGGGGCUCUUAUCCUCCAGCAGCACGAACAUACAGCAGCUUUCUCAAACCCAUAGCCUCGGGGAGUGAGACCAGUCAAGCCACCACCUCACGCGAACGGCCGCCUCCAGCUCGUCGAUUCAGCCACCGCACGCGACCAUCCUUCUCAGACCAGCACGACAGUCCCGUACCCGUCGUCAAACCACCAAAGAGACCUGGACAUAGACGUACACAGAGCUUUGCACAUAGAGACUGGCGCUUCGACACCAUCUCUAUACUCAGCAUCGACAUGCACCCGAGCCAUGGCACCGACCUCGCUCAAUCUCGCGCAAAGUCCCUCAAACACCCUUCACAGCCUCCCAAUACCGGAGGUCUAGCGACAAAGGGAAACUUCAUUCCCUCUGACCCGAAAGACACAGAGGUUGGCUGGGGCGUGGUGCAUCUGUACCGUGAUGGACAAGAGACGCCAGGCCUAUACGACGACAUCGAGGGAGCAAGCAAAGAGUUCAAUGAGGAGGACUGCACAACACUAUGCAUACUCGCGGUGCCAUCAUACAUGACGCCGUCCGACUUCUUGGGCUUCAUGGGCGAGCAGACUAGGGAGGAGGUGUCGCACUUUAGAUUGAUCAGAACCAGCAGGGCUAACAAGUACAUGGUGCUAAUGAAGUUUCGGGAGGCAAAGAAGGCACGGGAAUGGCGAAAGGCGUGGGACGGCAAAGCAUUCAACAGUAUGGAGCCAGAAUACUGUCACGUUGUUUUCGUCAAGUCUAUCAACUUCCAGAAUGGCGACUCGAAUCGCGAUCCUACCUCAUACCCCGACCUUACGAACGACCCCUUCGCCCCCGCUCCUACAAAGCAGCCGACUGCCCCUCUUCCGCCAGCGACUGGUGUCUCUUCGCCUGUUGAUGGCCCGUCGAUAGCUACAUCGCUUACCGCAAAGCCGCCCGCUCCACCCACGGCUGCCCUCGUGGAGCUGCCGACCUGCCCCGUCUGUCUGGAGCGUAUGGAUGAGACAACAGGCCUGCUCACUAUUCUCUGUCAGCAUGUCUUCCACUGCGCAUGCCUCGAGAAGUGGCGGGGUUCAGGCUGCCCAGUCUGUCGCUAUACACAAAACGACGCCUUUACACUGCACCGUGGCGCUGAUGGUGAAAGUCCGGACAACGAGUGCAGUGUCUGUGGAUCUACGCAAAAUCUCUGGAUCUGUCUGAUCUGCGGCAACAUAGGAUGUGGCCGCUACGACUCGGCACAUGCUUUUGCACAUUACGAAACUACAAGCCACACAUACGCCAUGGACGUCGCAACACAGCACGUCUGGGACUACGCAGGUGACGGAUACGUCCACCGACUGAUACAAAACAAGACAGAUGGAAAGCUCGUCGACAUGCCUGCCUCAAGCCAAUCCUUCGCCGCGCCGGGUAUGACAGGCUACUCCAACGACACAGUCCCGCGCGAGAAGCUAGAUAACAUGGGCAUGGAAUACGCCUACCUCCUAACCUCGCAGCUCGAAUCCCAACGCACAUACUUUGAAGAACAACUCGAACGCGCCGUCGACAAGGCCGCAAAAGCCGCCUCUACAGCCGACGAAGCAACCCGCUCCGUCGCAUCUCUCUCCCAAAAACUAGACCACCUCUCCACCCAACACCAAGAAGCAACCGCCACCAUCGCAACCCUCACAAAGGAAUCAGCCCGCAACGCCCAAAAAGCCCAGAAUGCUUCCGACCUUGCCCGCAAACUUACAAAACAGUACAAGGAAGAGCAGAUUGUUAAUGAGAGCCUCAUGGAACGUAUCAAGCAUCUCGAGAAGAAGGCUGAGGAGGCUGAGGCGAAGGUCAAAUUGGUCGAGGCGCAGAAGGCGGAUUUGGAAGAGCAGAAUCGCGAUUUGAGCUUCUUUAUUAGUGGCCAGGAGAAACUUCAAGCUAUGCAGAUGGAAGAGGGGGAGGUGGAGGGCGCAACACUGGAGGUGGGGGAGAGUGCGAGUGCGAAGAGGGGGAGGAGGAAGGGGAAGAAGAAGGCUUGA